UCUAAAUUAUUGUGCAACCUACGUAGAUAAAUUACGUUCGAAACGUAGCAUUUCCGACGAUAUUCAAGUGUUUCGUUCAAAGACGUUGGUAUUCCUGCAGUGACUACGCGUGUUUAGUAAAAUGGAAGAAAUAGGAAUAAUACUCACUGACAAGCUAGAAGACACUGCACAGGAUGCAAAGCAAACUACUACAGGCGCCUUGGGGAUCGGUGCUUCAGAUGAUACUGAUUUCGAGGACUUGUACACAAAGUAUAAGAAGCUUCAGAGGCAACUGGAAUUCUUAGCUGUGCAGGAAGAAUACAUAAAAGAUGAGCAGCGCAACUUGAAAAAGGAGUACCUGCAUGCGCAGGAGGAAGUUAAGCGGAUACAGAGUGUUCCCCUGGUUAUUGGGCAGUUUCUCGAGGCUGUUGACCAGAAUACUGGAAUAGUUGGCAGCACUACAGGUUCAAACUACUAUGUCCGAAUACUGUCGACAAUUGACCGGGAACUUCUGAAACCUUCAGCAAGUGUUGCCCUCCACAAACACAGCAAUGCACUGGUUGAUGUUCUCCCACCUGAGGCUGACUCAUCCAUAUCAAUGCUCCAGGCAGAUGAGAAACCAGAUGUAACAUACUCUGACAUAGGAGGUAUGGACAUGCAGAAGCAGGAAAUUAGAGAGGCUGUGGAACUGCCCUUGACACACUUUGAACUCUACAAGCAGAUUGGUAUUGACCCACCCCGUGGUGUACUGAUGUAUGGGCCACCAGGCUGUGGAAAGACCAUGCUAGCAAAAGCUGUUGCUCAUCAUACUACUGCGGCAUUCAUCCGGGUAGUCGGCUCAGAAUUUGUCCAGAAAUAUUUAGGGGAAGGCCCACGAAUGGUGAGAGAUGUAUUUAGACUUGCCAAGGAAAAUUCUCCUGCCAUCAUCUUCAUCGAUGAGAUUGAUGCCAUUGCAACGAAGCGAUUUGAUGCACAGACUGGUGCAGACCGAGAAGUGCAGAGAAUUUUGUUAGAAUUGCUCAACCAAAUGGAUGGCUUCGAUCAGACUACAAAUGUUAAGGUUAUUAUGGCAACGAACCGCGCUGACACUCUCGACCCAGCACUCCUCCGGCCCGGUCGUCUUGACCGCAAGAUCGAAUUUCCUUUACCUGACAGGAGGCAAAAGCGGUUGAUCUUCUCAACGAUUACAAGCAAAAUGAACCUGAGCGAAGAAGUGGACCUGGAGGAUUAUGUUGCUCGUCCAGAUCGCAUCUCUGGUGCGGACAUAAAUGCCAUCUGCCAGGAGGCUGGAAUGCAUGCAGUACGUGAGAACCGUUACAUAGUACUUACGAAAGAUUUCGAAAAGGGUUACAAAAAUAAUAUAAAGAAAGAUGAAUCAGAACAUGAAUUCUACAAAUAAACUGUUUCUAAUUUUAUACUGUUUACUAAUAAAUUAUGUUUUGUGUUCAGUUUAUUGGAGUAUUUUGUGUGAUUGGUAUUUGAAUUGGAAGUGUUUCUUUUUUCUGAUUUAAUGGUGAAUACCUCCAUAACUUUCCAGUUCUAUGACAAAUGAAAUCAUUUUGUAUAGAGAAUAAAACUACAUUAAGAGCAGUGUUACACAUAUCACUGUUCAAAUGUUGUGAGGUGACCUAUCCGUGAGCCUUUAGUAUCACUUUUUCCACAUUUAUUGUCACUAGCAGCAGUACAAUGACCAGUUUAAAGAUUGUUUACAAUUGGGUACUCUCACAGUCCUACGAAACAGUAGGACAGUGGCAUCUCGCUCCACUUUUCCGUACAUUGUCUAACCAAAUAAUGUUGCAACAUUGGUUUUUAGUAUUUUCAGGCAGUGAACUGAUAAUUAUAACAAUUUACAAGAAGUCCUUAAUGUUUUAAUUAAUUAUGGGUGUCAUUUGGUCCUGAAAAUGUAAGGCAAUGGAAGUAUAGUGAUAAAAGCUGGGAUCUAAGAAGUACAGUGCUAAAUCUGCAAUAGAAACUUUGAGUGUGUCAAAACUUUAACAUUAACCACCUAUUAAGUUAAUUAGUUUAAGGAAAAUUGAAUACAUUAUUGUUAUGUAUGAAUGCCGUUCUUUUUAGGGAGUGGUGUCAGUAUGUCAAACUGACAUAUUAGCUCACUCGAAAUGAGCUAUUGCAUACUAUAAUAAUAAGUUUGGUUCUUCAUACAGUGAAAUCACCUUUUUACUCUUUUCAGCAGACUGACCCAAAUUGUAAAAUAUAGGGAACACAACAAGUGAAAAUGAAUAAAUUACUCUUACUGUCA